AUGUAUAUGACUGGAUGGCAAUGCUAUAACGGCAAUCCCCACGGAGGCGGCCAUGGCGGCGUCAGCGGAUUGAUGCUCGACCUCAUAGACAGCUGCAACGACCCCUUGUUCUUUAUGCAUCACGCCUAUCUGGACAAGUUCUGGUGGGAGUGCCAAAUGGCCAAGUACCCGCAUCGCCUGUACGAUAUGGGCGACAAUAACACGGCACCUCAGUACAUCCUUGAUCAGGCCGGUCUAUCGCAGCCUGGAGCUAAUAUCCUAGAUCUGACGGGGGUGCGGGAAGCACGACGACGCUGA